UGUUUUUUGAACUUGAAAUUUCAGUUUUUAUAAAGUUUUAAUUACAAAUAUGAUUUUCCAUUUUCUAAAAUUGAACAAUUUUUUAUUUGACUAUUAAGACAAUUCUUUUCACAUUUCCUGCGCUUGAAAAGUAACUUAGAUUUCAUUUGAAGUACUUUGGAAUGAGUUCUACGAGGUUGAAGCUAUCAUUGUACGUCAUAAGGUCUUUUUUUUAUUUUCUAUUGUUUUCCUUUUGGCCAAAAAAGUAACCUGGCUACCCAUUUACGCGAAAUCUUCAUCACAGUGAGGGGUUUCUCUCAUCCAAAAAUUGGAGGUUGUCUCUCUGUUCGUGGUGGGUGAAUGGCUGAAUGCAAACCUUGCUCUCUUUUUUGAGAAAGAAUACAAUGGUCAUGCACAACCAAAUUCUGAGAUGGCUGAAGAAACCAAAGGUACUAAAACUUGUAUGUCUUGCUUCAUCUGUUGUUGGACUGUUCUGUUAUGCUCUCAGUUCCUCUUUCAACCAUUUACUGGGAAACUGGAGCUGGUGGAAGAUCCUUCUUUAUAUUGUUCUCAGUUUCAUCAUUUGUCUAGCCAUCUUUUUCACACCGGCAAGGUCAAGUUCCACCUCUUUCCGGCUGGAAACUCAUUUGGCAUUUUUGGUUCUGAUAAUCACUUCUGUUUGUUCCUUUUUGUUUGAUAACGUGGUGAAGAGUAAUCCAGAUGUAUACAACCUCAUCUCUUGGGCGGCUUUUGCUACAAUGUCGCUUGGCUUGUCAAAUCUCACUCAAUUUGGAUUCCAGAUUGAUCUACUAUAUUUCUUCUGCGGAGGUCUAACAGUACAACUCAUGAAGAUCAAAUUGUGGUUAGUCACUGUUGGAGGGGGUUUCAGUUAUUCCCUCCUCCAGCUUCGUUACUAUCCGAGCGACACAGACGGGGAGAACCUUCGGCUCGAGGACCACAAUCAAAUAAUCAUUCAAGUUAAUGACUCAGAGAGUGUUAGUAGUACAAGUCACGAAGAAGCUAAUGCUGAUGUUGAUAGUACUCAAGGCACCUCACCAGAAGAUGGGGAUCUUAGAUUCCAAGACCAUCUACUCACUCAAAGCAAUUCACAUUCACAAGAUGGAAGCGUUGAUGAUGGUCUUAUCAUCCAACAACAGCUCAUGAAUUGUAUAAAGGAGCUUGAGAAGGAGAAUCAUAUGCUUGUUUACAUGGUUUGUAGUCACGUGGACAAAUACCUUAAAGCCGUGUUCGACUCCAAAGAAGUACCGGAUCCUGACAUCAACUUAGUGAUGGAUGCACUUCCAUCGGAAAUCAUGAGGCGCCUUAAGGAAACCGUGAAGCUGAUGGUGGAUGGAGGUUUUAAGGAGGAAUGCAGCGACAUUUACAUCAAAUGGCGAAGGGAGUUUCUAAAACAGUGUCUGCAGAAACUUGGGUUGCAAAUUGAAUUGCAAUUUGAAGAGUCCAACGAAUGGAAGAUUAUGAACUGGUUAGACACGUGCAAGGUAGCGGAGAAGAUACUGUUUCCCAAUGAAAGGAAACUCUGCGAUUACCUCUUCUCAGGGUUUUCUGUCGCUGCGGAUGUUUCCUUCGAUAAGGUUUGCGAGGAACUGACGAUUGGUUUAUUAAGUUUGUCAAUGCCACCAUAACAAUAGGGAGCUAUUU